CAUGAAAUAAUGCAUGAUUGACUCUGCCAUUUAUAAAUCUCAUGUCCAAACCUUUUUUUUUCUUAAACACCUCCACCACACUAUCUCUCCCCUUUUUCUUUACUUCAUAGGACGGCAAUUCCUUUUUUCCAAUUUUCUGCGAUCCACCGUUGCACCCACUACCAGUUUUCCGUCUAUUUUAGGUAAAAUGUCUUUGGAUCUUCCUCCCUCACAUCAUAAAUGCACCAAUCAUCUUUGCGCAAGAGGGUCGUCGCUGUCAUCGACUGGUAUAAGCUUUCAUGGAUCUUUACCUUGUUGCUUUUGCUCAAGAACGUAAGUUAUUCCUGUUGAUUCAAAAACCCUCAGUUCCCAUGUACUAAUUUAGUAAGUCAACUUCAAAAUUUCUACUUGGGGUUUUCAUCGAACACAUUGUAGACGCAUGCAAUCUUCUAUAUGUUGUGGUUGCUGUUGUAUUUUAGAGUGAAUUGCUCAUGAGCUGCUCAAUCUCAAGAGAGAUAUAGAGGCGAGUGUGAUGUUCCUCAGAUCAUCACCACAAAUCAACCCUUUCUGAUCAACGCCUUCAAUUUCCAUCAUCAAAAUCCGGUAUGAAUUUAGAUGAUUCCCAGAUUGUUAAUGAUAACUCCCAACAGCAAUCACCAAAUACUUCUUCCCAAGGGGAGAUUCAUUCCAAAAGUUGGAGUGCCAACUCAGUCCAAGAACUCAGCUUUGUCAAUCUGGGAUCAAAGAGACUGUCGCAUGGAUCUCGAGGAGGUGCUUCUGAUCCCGAAGGGUUUAGCGUGUCCCAUAGAGAGAUUAACGUUGAGGAUGCCAGGUUAGUCUAUGUAAACGAUGCCUUAAAGACAAACGAAAGGUUUGAAUUUGCUGGAAAUUCUAUCAGAACAGCCAAAUAUUCCGUUUUUAGCUUCUUACCUAGAAACCUAUUUGAGCAAUUCCAUAGAGUCGCCUACAUAUAUUUCCUUAUUAUCGCCAUUCUCAAUCAGCUUCCUCAGCUUGCUGUUUUUGGGCGAGGUGCCUCCAUCUUGCCAUUAUCAAUCGUACUGUUAGUUACAGCCAUUAAAGAUGCUUAUGAAGACUGGAGGCGACACAGAUCAGAUCGAAUCGAAAACAAUCGAAUGUCAUCUGUUUUGGUAAACGAUAGAUUUGAACAGAAAAAAUGUAAAGACAUUCAAGUAGGCGAGAUCAUUAAAUUUUCAGCAGAUGACACCAUUCCUUCUGACAUCGUUCUUCUCUCCACUAGUGACCCUACUGGGGUUGCUUACAUCCAGACCAUAAAUCUAGAUGGCGAAUCAAAUCUAAAGACACGAUAUGCAAAACAAGAAACCCUUUCAAGAACCCCUGAAAAAGACAGGAUCAAUGGUGUAAUCAAGUGUGAGAAGCCUAAUAGAAACAUCUAUGGCUUCCAUGCCACCAUGGAGAUUGAUGGGAAGCAUCUUUCACUUGGCCCUUCAAAUAUUGUUCUUCGUGGGUGUGUGUUAAAGAACACUAAUUGGGCUAUUGGAGUAGUUGUAUAUGCAGGAAGGGAGACAAAAGCCAUGCUUAAUAGCUCAGGAGCUCCUUCAAAAAGAAGCCGAUUGGAAACCCGUAUGAAUCGUGAGAUCAUCUUGUUGUCUAUCUUUCUUGUUGCUUUAUGCACAGCUGUCUCAAUCUGUGCUGGUGUUUGGUUGAUCCGAUAUGAAAAUGAUCUUGAAAUCUUACAGUUUUAUAGACUAAAAGACUACUCUGAACCACAAGUGAAGAACUACAACUAUUCUGGUUUAGGUGUGGAGGUGUUCUUCACUUUUCUUAUGUCAGUGAUUGUGUUCCAGAUUAUGAUACCGAUUUCACUGUAUAUUUCCAUGGAGCUUGUGCGUGUUGGUCAGGCUUAUUUCAUGAUCCGAGAUGAUAAGAUGUAUGAUGAAUCAUCAAACUCUAGGUUUCAAUGUCGAGCUUUGAAUAUAAAUGAGGAUUUAGGACAAAUAAAGUAUGUAUUCUCUGACAAAACGGGUACUUUAACUGAAAACAAGAUGGAAUUUAAGCAUGCAAGCAUUUUCGGUGUAGAUUAUAGUGGGGAGAAAACAGAUUCUGAUGGAUACUUCAUUCAAGUAAACGAGCAGAUUUGGAGGCCAAAAAUGAAGGUAAAAGUGGACAUGAAGCUACUUGAGUUAUCAAAAAUUGGAAAUAAUGUAAAGGGUAGCGAUAGCAUUAGCAAACGGAUUCAUGAUUUCUUCCUUUCAUUGGCUGCUUGUAAUACAAUUGUCCCCAUUGUUGUCGACACAUCUGAUCCUACUGAAAAGUUGGUAGAUUAUCAAGGGGAAUCUCCAGAUGAACAAGCACUUGUUUAUGCUGCAGCUGCUUAUGGUUUUAUGCUUAUGGAACGAACCUCUGGCCACAUAGUUAUCGAUAUUCAAGGAGAAAGACAAAGAUUCAAUGUUCUUGGAAUGCACGAAUUCGAUAGUGACCGAAAGAGGAUGUCAGUGAUAUUAGGUUACCCUAAUGGAACUGUAAAAGUCAUUGUUAAAGGAGCAGACACUUCCAUGUUUACAAUCAUUGAUAAUUCCUUUAGCUUGGAUAUAACAAGAGCCACUGAAUCCCAUCUCCAGGCGUAUUCCUCAAUCGGAUUACGUACCCUUGUUGUUGGAAUUCGGGAACUCAGUGUUCCCGAAUUCCAACACUGGCAGUCUGCUUACGAGACUGCCAGUACUGCUGUAAAUGGUAGAGUGGCCUUGCUUAGAAAAGUUGCGGUCAAUUUAGAAAACAAUCUUGAGAUUGUUGGGGCGUCUGCAAUCGAAGAUCGAUUGCAGACAGGUGUCCCGGAAGCAAUCGAGUCUUUAAGGAAAGCAGAUAUUAAAGUUUGGGUUUUAACAGGCGAUAAACAAGAAACAGCUAUUUCGAUUGGAUACUCUUCUAGGCUUCUAACAAGUAACAUGAGCCAAAUAGUGAUUAAUUGUAACUCUAAAAUUUCAUGUGGGAAGAGUUUGGAAGAUGGAUUGAUUACAUGUAGGAAUUUUGUAGUGUCGGAUGAUUUGACUUCUAUUGCUUUGGUUAUUGAUGGAACGAGUCUUGUGUAUAUUCUUGAUACUGAGCUUGAAGAAAAGUUAUUCCAAUUAGCGAGUAAUUGUGCAGUGGUAGUAUGUUGUCGAGUGGCUCCAUUGCAAAAAGCUGGGAUUGUUGCAUUGAUAAAGAAUAGGACAGAUGACAUGACCCUUGCCAUUGGUGAUGGUGCUAAUGAUGUUUCAAUGAUCCAAAUGGCUGAUGUCGGAAUCGGAAUCAGUGGGCAAGAGGGGCGUCAAGCUGUAAUGGCAUCAGAUUUUGCCAUGGGCCAAUUCCGGUUUCUUGUUCCUCUUUUGUUGGUUCAUGGACAUUGGAAUUACCAACGAAUGGGUUACAUGAUACUCUAUAAUUUUUACAGAAAUGCCGUUUUUGUCCUUGUUUUAUUUUGGUAUGUCCUUUUCACUGGCUUCACCCUAACAACAGCAAUAACCGAAUGGAGCAGUGUGUUAUAUUCAGUACUCUACACCUCACUCCCCACAAUAGUCAUUGCAAUUCUAGACAAAGAUCUAAGCAGAAGAUCUUUACUAAAAUACCCUCAGUUAUACGGAGCAGGACAAAGGCACGAACGCUAUAAUGCACGAUUGUUUUGGCUCACAAUAGCGGAUACCUUUUGGCAAAGUAUAGUUGUGUUCUAUGUUCCUUUGUUUGCAUAUUGGAAAACUGACAUUGAUGGAUCGAGUGUUGGAGAUCUUUGGACACUUGCUGUUGUGUUUUUGGUGAAUAUUCAUUUGGGUAUGGAUGUUAUUAGGUGGAGUUGGGUUAGCCAUGUGUCGAUUUGGGGAUCGAUUUUUGUGACUUGUGUUUGUGUUAUUGCUAUUGAUGUGAUCCCUGUGUUGCCUGGAUACUGGGCAAUAUUUGAUCUUGCAAGCAAAGGAUCAUUUUGGAUUUGCUUACUUGGGAUUCAAAUAGCAGCAAUUGUUCCCCGUUUUGGUAUAAAAAUGUUUAUGCAACAUUGUAAUCCUUCAGACAUUCAAAUAGCAAGAGAAGCUGAAAAGUUUGGAAAUUUAAUAGAGUCAACAAAUCAAGAAAUAGAAAUGAACACAACACGAAGAUGACCUUUUAUUUCUUCGGUUUGGAGUUCUUUUUUUUUUCACAUUCUUUAGGUUGCUAGAGAAAAAAAAAUUGUUCUCUUGGUUGCCUGUGUAGUUCUUUCAAGGGUAGAAUAUGUAAUAUUUGUAGGUUUGUAUUAUUGUAGAUCAACAUUAGUUAUGACUGAAAAAUCGGGUAUGCAAUUAGUCAAUAUACCAAUACGAAAUGACAACCUUACCUAGUU